GUAGGGGACUUUCCACCAACUAAUGUUCAAAGGGGAAUCAUAUUUUUGUACCCUCUGCCCUUUCCUUUUCUCUUUCAAUGCAAUUCCAGGUUCAAUUAUGCAUUUUUAUCAUCUUCUCAUCAACUCCCUUUAAAAGCCUCACUUCUUCACCCCCAAAGCUCAUCCCCUCCUCCUUUUCCUAUUUAAACAAUAAACUUCUAUUUAUUUAUUCUUGUUUUUUAAUGCUUGUUCUUACCCUAAAAGAAUGGCAUUAGAAGCUGUAAUUUUUCAGCAAGAUUUGCUUGGUUACAACAGCAAUUGGAGCCAUGAUUUUGGCCUGGGAAAACCAGAAUCCAAAGAUUCUUUUGGAUGUUUUCCUGACAACCAAACACCAGAGAUUAAUCAUUUUGUUCAUGGAGAUUACUGGGUUUCUACAACACCAACUUCAUCAAUGGCUGCACCAGUACCCUAUCAUCAUCAACUGCAACAUCAUUGCCCAAAUUCAUCCUCGGAUGCUGCUAAUGUUAAUGGAUUAUCAUCCUCAGGUGACCCUUUCGAUGCUUCAACAACACCUCGUCCCAAAAGACGUCGAUUCAAAGCUCGAAAAAACAAACAAGAGAUUGAGAAUCAAAGGAUGACUCACAUUGCUGUGGAGCGCAAUAGAAGAAAGCAAAUGAAUGAUUAUCUUUCUGUUCUUCGAUCUUUAAUGCCUGAAUCUUAUGUUCAAAGGGGUGAUCAAGCAUCAAUUAUAGGAGGAGCUAUCAAUUUUGUGAAGGAGCUUGAGCACCGUCUUCAAUGCCUAAGUGCCGAAAAAGAGGUAAAAGAAAGGUCGAACCUUACUAACGGUGGUCGCCGCAGCUGCUCGUCGGUUUUCGAUGAAUUCUUCACAUUUCCACAGUACUCAGCUAGUUCAAAACAGGGUGAUCGUAAAGAUUCGAUCUCCAUGAAUGAUCAAUCAACGGUUGAAACUCAAUCUGCCAUAGCUGACAUCGAAGUUACCAUGGUGGAAAGACAUGUAAACCUACGAAUAAGAUCGAAAAAGCGACCGGCGCAGCUCUUGAAGGUUGUUUCCGGGUUGAAUUGUAUGCGUCUGAGCAUCCUCCAUCUCAAUGUCACAACUCUUGAUCAAACCGUCCUUUAUUCUCUCAGUGUCAAGGUUCAAAAUGCAGGUAGAAGAAGAUUGUAAGCUGACUUCAGCGGAUGACAUAGCAACAGCAGUGAACCAGUUAUUAGGUAGCAUUGAAGAUGCUUUGUUAACUAGGAAUUUUCCAUGACACCCAGUUUUCUUUUUUCUUUAAAUUUCACCUCACUGUAUUUUCCUUUCUCUUUACUUUUUCACAUUCUUAUAUGAAGGUCCUUUUCUCA